AUGAAAUACCAUAAUCGGUCUAAUCGGUCAAAUAUGGAGCACUGGGGGAUAUGGGACUGGACUAAACCAAUUGAAUCGGGAGAACAUUUGCUCAAUUAUCCUCACCUCAAGAAUGGUGUGAAUGAUUUGCAAGAACUGGUCGUCAAUAACAGAACAGGAGAGCCAUUGUAUCGAUCGGAUAACGACUACUCCUACUAUUAUGCCGACAAUCCGAUCGGCGGCUAUUUGGCGGUCAAUGUAGACAACGAUAAUCACAACAACAUUAUGGAUGGUUUGAGACUACAAUUGACGAAACGAAAGGGCAAUUCGUUGCGUUCGCCACCCGUUCGGCGCACUAAUGAGUCUCAGAUCACACUCAGGGGUUGGCUCUACCGUCUGGAAGGGGCAGCUCUUAAGCAAUGGAAGCGUCGGUGGUGUGUCCUCGCGGACUAUUGUCUCUUCUAUUACAAAGACAUUGAGGAGGAAAGGCUGUUGGGAUCACUACUACUGCCCAGUUAUAAGAUAACGCCCUGUCUUAACGAGGAUGGAAUCGCACGCAAGUAUGCGUUCAAAGCCGAGCACAACAAUAUGAAGACCUACUACUUCUCGGCCGAAUCCAAAGAAUGCCAAACACAAUGGAUGAACGCAUUGUCGUUGGCAUCCAUUAUGCAAUUGCCGUCCGCUUUCUCUACGGUUCGCAAUGAAGGCGACGGACAAGAGGUGGCGGCCAAUAACGAGGACGAAGAGGAGUCCGGCUUUGCCUCCUAUCAGUCCCGUCGGUCUAAUUCGGGUGCAAUUAAUAACAAUCAGUCAUACGAUAGUAAUAUCGGUUCGGAUGACAAAUAUCCCGGUUCUUACAAUUCGGUGGGUCUGCCGGUCGUAUACCAGCAAAACCCUCAACAAAGACCGAUCCAAAGGUCACACUACGUGAACGCACCCCCGAAGCCAAAGCGUCAGUAUUACGACAACUCGGAUCUGUAUGUCAUCCCUCCGUCGGCACAAUAUAGUCAUAAUAGCCAUCAGACGCCGGACCUAAUCGCACACAACGCUGACUCCUAUAACAGUAAUUUUGUGCCAAACACUUACUUCACUCAAUCAUAUCCGCCAUACGACCAGCAAUCGCCGCCGCAAUACCGUCUGCCGCCUCCCAGUCAAACGCCCCGCUUCUCACGACUGCCCCCUCGACCGCAUUCCGCAGACUUUCUCGAACGCGAUCAGGAAGACGACGAAGACGAGGACGAGUGCCAAAAGAUUAUCGGUUCCAAUGGGUUCGCUGAGGGCUCCCAACGACCCGACAAUUACUACAACGGGUCGCAGGCGAACGAACCGCCGAAGAUUAUGCCCGUUCGGCCCAAAUCCAGUCUCGAUCGAUACGAUCCCUAUUCGCGCUAUUUCUUUGAACAACAGACUAAUUACAUGACUCCUCCACACUAUCCUCCGGCGCCCAACACUGUGUCGGGCAAAGAGCCGCGUCCGUGGAGUGACUAUUUGGUCGACAACUCUAACAUAACGUCUCCGCAAAACGAUAAUCAACUGUCGAACCAAUCCUUCUCUCAAUUGUCGUCACAUUUACCUCAUUAUCACUCAUCGAAUGCCAACACUUAUGGCAUGGAUUCAGAAACGCCGCGAAACUAUCAAAGAGAGGAAAGUCUUCAACGAUUACUGGAAUGGAAGCAACGGAUGCUUCAGUCGCCGCUCAAUAAGAGGAAUUGGUCUCAACAACAGCCACAACAACACCAAUCGAUGCAAUCAAUGCAAACGCAAAGUACAAAGUCUAUGGAACUGCCCUCCAGACCACCGCUACCUGAAGAAUAUCGAUCCAAGUUUACGAUGAAGGAUGCGCUCAAAGGCCCCCAACAAAGGGACAGGGAUUACACUCCACAACAACAACAGCCAUACAAACAAAGGGAGAGAUCAAAGAGUAUUGGAGAUGGAAGUGAUUUCGUGACACAAACUGAUGAUCACUUACAGUCACCACAAAAGAACGUAUCCGUCAACUACUCAUCAGAUGAUGAGGCCGAAUUUAAUCCGCAAAUGCCUUAUAAUGAGAGACAACGACUGAAGGAAACAAUGAAAAGCCAGACAACACCUGAUUAUAUAAAUAUAAACUCCAUUGAGAAGGAGUGCGAAGCGGACAAAGAGUCUGAUCUCGAUAUAAGUAAAGAGGAUUACUAUAAGGCGUCGACAAUGUUUUACCAGCGGUUCGCAGAGUCCGGCCGACAGAGUAUACUCAUGAGUCCCGUCAGCUUUAAUGAGUCGGUCAGCAGUAAGAAUGAUAGCAUCGGACAUGCAUUCAACAGACAGGACUGGGCAGACGUGGGCCUCCCGGUGCCCGACGAGACAACACUCGCCAGAACUGCUUCUCGAAGAAGUCUGAAGCGAGUGAAUGGCAAGGACUCAAAGCCCGUGACCGACAACGAGAGCCCAAAACGUGACUUUACUUUAGAUAAACGCGAAGACGGAGACGGAGUCGACGAAUAUUCUGUUAAAUGUUUGCUCAAAAAGUUCACUGAAUUUGAGAAUAAAAAUGUGAAACCGAUUGUCAAUCAAAAUGAUAAGAAACAUAUGAAUGGAGAGACAGUGCAUAACACAGAGAUAGGCUUCAAAUGUCAAACAAGUGUUACUAAACCGCAAUUGAAUGGCAAUAAUAUAUUCGCCAAAUGCUAUGUCAGUGACAGUGAAAUACUCGACAAUAACUCAUCGAUCGGUGACGAAGAGACCAACACAUCAAAGUCGGCUCCACUAAUGCUCUCUCCCUUAACCAAAGUGUUGGCUGAUCUCAGAAAGACUGCUGACGUCCGCAAAGAGAGACUCUAUUCUCUGUCACGGAAUCCGACGUCUCUUCUGUCAAAACAGCCAAAAGUAGAUGAAGUGAUUGUAACGAAAGGCGCGCUUCACUUAAUUGACAAAAAUACUAGUAAUUCCGGUGAACACGAAGUGCAGACCAAUUGCGGCCAACAAUCGGAUUAUCUGAUUAUGAAUAAAGUGACGAAAGAGGGAGAAGAAGACGCUUACGUCGCUAUGGAUGGCGAGGACGGAGACAAAGAGAGCGACGCUGGAGACGACGCGGACGACGAGGCGAGCCGUGAUCUCGACUCCAUUCCCUAUCAGUCAGACAUUAUGGCCGACAACGACAUUAAGCUUAAGGCCGGCUGUAAAGUGCGGACAUAUAAGAAGCCGCGUCCAGAGCCGGUGCCAAACAUUGCUAAUCACUUGUCUCUAAACCCAAACCCCGCUUACGAAGCGUUUGAUGGCAUACGUGUGGCCACCGAUGACAGCGUCGUCGACGAUAAGGCCCUCAACACUACCAUUAAUAAUGAGAUCAACAAUAAUGAGAGCACAGAGAAGCAGAGGUCUCCGAACGCACCCUAUUAUAUGUCGGAUCUGAUGUCUGAAGAACAACAGAUAGCACUGCAGGAGAAGUUGGCCGCCCGUCAGACGGUAUCGCCGCCACCACUGCUCUCCCGAUGCAAUGCUCUCAAUAAUACCCGAUAUUUGGGCACAACUUCUCUACAGAAAUGUGAUGUCGGAAAACGAUCAUUCGUCGCUUCGUAUACUAAUAACGCCAACAAGAGGUGCAUUACUCCCGACUUAAACCAUACAAAUCAUUCACAAUCGCAAACAGAUCUUCAAAAUGAUAUCCCAAACGGUUUCGCAGAGAAUUCACUGUCUCUGAAACGUCGCUCAAAAUCAUUGGAAGGUCUUAUGGAUCAGCAAAACAGUGUACAUAUCUAUGAGAAUAUAGACCAACAGACACUACAAACACUGCCUUUCCUCGAAAACGACCCGUUCUUUAACCCAAGUGAUAAUAAUAUGUCUGACGAAGACUUUAUGGGCACAGAAGUGCUGCGAAGAGUAAGUAAAAAACAUUUCGGUGACAACUCUAGCGUAAAGUCUUCAUCAAUGAGUCAACAAUCGGUGCCAUUAGUCGAGUGUUUGGAUAAGAGUUUCGCUGACUUUACUGAAAGCGAAUCUGAUUUGAGUUCUUUGAUUGAGUUGUCGACAGGAGACUCAGUCUCGGGUCCAAUAAUGGCAGAGAAGGUCCGAAAGCGUCGCUCAUCUCACAAAAGGCGCUCAAAGGAUGAUCUGAACGCUUCCGACUCUGAGGUCCAAAAGCCAAUGUCAAUGUCAAGCAAACCUAUGCACGUAAAGCCUAAGUCAUUGCGAGACCAUAAGUCCACGCGAUUAUGUGUCUCAACGGGUGAUCUGUUGGGCAAAUCUCACGAAGAAUUGGUUUUAUUGCUGAUUCAAUUGAGACGAACUCAAUCCCAAUUCGCCAAAAAUUGUGAUCAAUUGAGACUUCAGAUGGAAAGCGAAGAGAAGAUGAUUGAAAUCGAGCCCUUCAGACGCGAAGAACACAAAAUCAAGUUCAGAGAACUCAGGGAACGGUUGGUUGAGUACGAAAAACAGUACGAAAUGCAGUUCUCGGUCAUCAACGCCGUCGACAAUAUGGUCAAAAUGCAUAACACAUCCACUGCUGAAGAAUCUGCUUUUAGUGAUAACAAAGCGAAAGCCGCCUCCACUUCCAUCUUAGAUCAGGUAUCUCUCGAAGAAGAGACCACUAAUCUAUCGGCUCUACAACAGGACAAAGAGAUACUCGAGCGCACUCUGGAGGGCGUGAAGAGUAAAGUGGCCAAAAUAGGCACUGAUUUGGUCCCCGUUAUAAAUAUAGAGAAACUGAAACGACAGCAGCGGAUGAUUGAGUCCGAGUUGAGUCGAGUGAGAGGUCUUUUGACGCAUUCGGCCAAACGGUUGGAGGAAAAGGCGGCCGAAAACGCACAGAUAGAGCACGACGUCCUCAUCGCCAAGAAUAAGAUCAAACAGGUUUUGGCCAAUGAAGAGGCACUCGAGACAAAUAGGACCUGCAGUUUGGAGGCAGAGUUGGCGCACAUAAACCAAGUGAUCGAUGAUCUGCACAGUAGACGAGCGGAACUGAACAAUGCUAUCGAGACAAUCAAGACUACAGAGAAGAAGCGAGAAGUGGUGAGAGCGAGUCCCACAGGUUUGGCCGGUUCUAUACCACUGCCCGGCAAGAAGAAGAUCACCACUACUUAUAUGGAGACCGAUAUGGACUCAAUGGAGAGCAGAGACUUAGCUCAUUGUCCGCGAAAUGUUUUGGAUGGAGAGGAGACGCCUCUCUAUGAAAAUCUAGAGAACAAUAACUUAACGACUAAUCCAAACGAACUUCUUUUAAGUCAAUUCCAAACCACUGAUGACUUAUUGUCGACCAAUCCUGAAGACAUUGUUGACGAACAGAUGAGACAAUUCUACGGAAUUUUGCCCCAAAAACCAAACGAAAUCAAAACCGUGAGAAUAGUUAAGAGAGAAGCGGAGAGAAGACGAAUCCAUUUCACAAACGGAUCCUCAAAGAGUAUGGAUCUGUUCUGGAGUAAUGGUCAGUACGAGAGCGAGUUUAGCGCGUCGGGUGCUGUCGGUGGCAUCGGAUCUAUUCCUCCGCCAUAUUAUUACGAAGAUCGCGACGACGACGACAUUCUCAACAGUUUUGGCUUAAAGGAUGACUGCAAUGAUGGGAACCACUCUAUGAUCGAUAGUCUUAACGCAGAGUUUCAAAGAACGAAUUAUAAUUUAAGUCAUAAUGAAUGCGAUUAUCAAUGCAUGCCUGAGCGCACUCGAAGUGCCUCUCUAUCACUUCCAUCACUUCCUUCUACUUCUUUCAACUCUUCUCCCGCUGUCUCUUCUUCUUCUACUUCUUUUCCAUUCCGUUUGACACGUGUUCGUCGACUUGAGUCCAAAUACGGCCGACUCGGGCCCACUCGCAGACAUCAUACCAUAUCUAGCAGUCAACCCCACUUAGCAAUCUCAAAGAUGUGGCGCUCACGCGAUGAUACGGAACUGAAUCUUCAGAUGAGGGCUAAUGUGAACACUCCGGACAUCGUUAAGAGCACUAUUAAAAAGAGCGACGAUUUUGACGACAAGCUAAUUGAGCGCGAAAUAAUGCUUCCGAAAAAGAUUGAAAUCCCGGAGCGAUAUAUACGGGACGACGAACCCGAAGAGAUGUCCGCCUCCGAGAAGUUGAAGCGAAGUCUUAAGGCAGAGAUGAUUAGAAAGAUGUUGUCCGAGACGACCACAUAUGAUGACGUCAGGCGUGACUCCAAUCAACACAUUAUAUCUUCGUCUUCGUCCUCAUCAGCGCUCGGAUCGGAAGAGAAUGUUUUGAGUGAAGAAACGAGAGUUAAGUUGAAUGAAGAGAAGAAAAGGAGGUCUCAGUUAUUGCAAUUGAACCACGAAUUGGCCAAAGAGGUGAUGGAAAGGAGUCGUAUUGUAGCAGCCAGUAAUGAGAGCACGAGUUCUUAAGGACUUUUUGGCUUAAUUUUGAUUUUAAAUAACAUUUUGUUUUGUUAUGAUUUUAGGUUUG